AAAUGAAUAUGAGUACAAAAACAUUGAAAUCUCUUUAAUAAAGUACCCACAAACAUUAACUACUAUCUGAUGUGUUCUCUGAUAUUAACUUCUAUAAAUAUCGUAGUCAGUCAAAUACUGAUUAAUAUACUCCAAUAAAAGGAUUUUAGAUUGUUAAAUUAAGAGGUCCUUCUCGAUUAUCUGUUUAACCAUCUUAACAAUCUAUUAAGACAAUUAAAAGCAUUAAAAAACGAAAUAAUUCUCAAAGCAAUGUCAGAUUUGAUCUCUUUAAACAUGUUUUGGAAAUGGAUGAUAGUGAAAUGCAUGAUAAACUAAUUAAUCUAUUUGAAAUUGAUUUAAAAAUGCGUAAGAACUUAGAGAUUAACAGAAUGAUAGUUUAGGAUAAAUAAUAAUCAUCAGCAUUAUUGGAUGAGAUCUAUUAAGAGAUUUUAUUAAUGUUAAGUAACACUAUAGAGAGAAUACAUCAAUAUAUAAAUGCUAACAAUCUCGAACGUUCAAAUUUAAAAAAGGCACAUCGAAGAACUGCCAUUGAAAUAGAACAUUAGAUGUAAGAGUUUAUAAAUAUGAUGUUAACUGCUAUUGCUAAAAGAGAUAUGACAUUAGCAAAACUAAUAGAGAAUGCUUGGAAAUUAGUUUGUAUUGCAAUAGAAAUGAUAUUAUAAAAUGGAAAAGCAGAAUAAGAAUACAUUCAAUAAGAAGUAUUAAAUGAAUUAUAAUAAGAAGUUGUGCAAUUAAAAUAAGAAAAUGAAGAUAUUUAUCAUAAAUAUAUGGAAGUCUCUGAAUUAAAUAAUAAAUUAACUUAAUAACAUAAAUAAGAAAUAAACAUUCUAACAUAUUAAUUAAAUAUGGCCAAAGUUGAAUUCAAUGAUUAUAAAUAAAAUUAAGAGGCUUUGAGUACUUUAGAGAAUGCUACUGGAAGUCUUAGAGAUGUGGAACUUAAUCUCAAAGAUACAAAUAAGAUUCUCAAUAAAAUUGAAGAAAAUAUUAGCAAUAGAGAUACUUAAUUAUAUUAGACAUUAAAGUCUGUUGUUUAAUAACAUAAAAUGGAUAAGGAUAGUUAAAUGAAUAAGGCAUAGAAACUCAUUAAUCGUUAUUAACUAAAAUCCUUAAAUACCAAAUAAUGUAUUAUUGCUUCUGAAUAUUUCAAUCAUCCUUUUAUUUAACAUUUAGAUAUCAAUUUUUAAUAAAAUUAAUAUGAUGAAAAAUAUAUUUAAUCAUUACUUAUUGAUUGGUUUAAUUAGGAAUGUGUCAAAUAAUAAUUUGGUACUCAUCCUGCUUAGUAGAGAUUAGAAUAAAUAAGUUCUUAUGAAAGAAAAAGUAAUCCAGAAAGUUUUAUUAAUUUCUUAAUAAAAAAUGAAAAUCUUAAUCAAUUAUAAAACUGCAUUAGUUAUAUAAGUUAGAACUUAGAAAUGAGUGAUCUAAAUUAAUUAAAUAAAGUAGAUAAAUUUAAUAGAUAAUUGUGUAUAUUUUUUGGUGUUAUUUUUCAAUUUGAUAUAAACAAUAUUGAAAUUGAUUUAUUAACAUAUGAUAGGAUUAGAUUUUUAUAUUCAGGUCUUAUGUAAUCAAAUUAAGAAGAACUAAUAUAAAAUUAAAAUAAAUUCUAAUGGUACAAUUUUGUAAUUUAAAAUCUAAGUGAAUUAUGUGUUUCAAUUUUUUCAGAUUAUUCAGAAAAAGUAGGGAACUCAUAAUAAACAAUAGUUUAAAUUUUAAUAUAUAUCAUGUAAAAUGAAAGUGAUAAAAGAAAGCAUCAAUUAAAAAGAUUGAUAGAUGAUUUUAAAAUUGUAGAUAUUGAGUUAAAUUUAUAAAGAGAAAGAAUGUUAAAAUUUGUUUAAGAGUUAUGCUCAUUUUAUAAUUAUCAAUAUAAUGAAUUACAAAUAAUGUAAUAUGCUUAGGCUUUAUUUGAUCGUUAUAUUAGAGUUUAUUAAACAGGUAGAAAGAGAAAUGGUUUAGAAAUUGGAGAGUGGAUAAGCUUCAUUUAAGAAUUAUAGUAAAUAUUGAAUAAAAUGAUUUAAAUUAAACCUCAUCUACACCAUCAAAUCUUUAUGCUUGAAGAUCUUCAAUAUGUGAAUAAGGAAUUUUAAGUACAUACUCGAACUUCAUAGAUUGAAAGAAAGGAAUCAUAGAUAAGAAAAAAAUGA